GGCACGAGAAAGCGAGAGAGAGAGAGGGAAAGAGCAGGGAGGGAGGGAAAGGAGAGAGAGAGAGAGAGUGUGCGUGUCUCUGUAUGUGCGCGUGGAUUGCACCACCGCAUCCCGUUCACCGUUUCUGCAGGCGGCCAUGCUCUGAUGGAGAGAAUAAAACUGACAAGCCUUUCUUUUUCCUUAGAUUUACCCACCGCCGUAUCAUUCCAGAUGUGACUGACAAGUCGUUUUAUGUCGCCCGCAUUGAGUCCUGUGCUGUUCACCUCAGAGAGACUGUGACACCAUGGCUUUGGUUAUGGAACCUAUAAGUAAAUGGACACCAAAGCAAGUGCUGGACUGGAUGAAAGGUCUGGACGACUGUCUCCAGCAGUACGUGAAGAGUUUCGAACGGGAGCAAAUGGGGGGAGAACAGCUGCUGCACAUCACCCAUCAGGAGCUGGAGGAGCUGGGUGUCACCAGAAUAGGACAUCAAGAGCUCAUCCUGGAAGCUGUCGACCUCCUCUGUGCUCUGAACUACGGCCUCGAGACAGAGAAUCUCCGGACGUUGUCCCACAAGCUCAAUGCUUCAGCGAAAAACCUCCAGAACUUCAUCCUGGGUCGGCGGAGGGGUGGACACUACGAUGGACGAGCGUCUCGGAGGUUACCCAAUGACUUCCUCACCUCGGUGGUCGAUCUGAUAGGAGCAGCCAAGAACCUGCUAGCCUGGCUGGACAGGUCUCCGUUUGCCAGUGUGACAGAGUAUUCAUUACUGAAGAACAACAUUGUGCAGCUCUGCCUAGAAUUAACAACCAUUGUACAACAGGAUUGCACUGUGUAUGAGACGGAGAAUAAGAUCCUCCAUGUGUGUAAGACCUUAGCGGGGAUAUGUGACCACAUCAUCUCUCUUUCGUCUGACUCUCUGGUCUCUCAGUCCGCCCAUCUGGAGGUGGUCCACCUUACCAGCAUCAUGCCCAGUGAAGGCCUGGGGAUGUAUAUCAAAUCGACGUAUGAUGGACUCCAUGUCAUCACAGGAACCACAGAGAAUUCUCCGGCUGACCUGUGUAAGAAGAUCCAUGCAGGGGACGAGGUGAUCCAAGUCAACCACCAGACAGUGGUGGGCUGGCAGCUGAAGAAUCUGGUCAACGCUCUGAGAGAGGACCCGUGCGGAGUCAUCCUCACGCUGAAGAAAAGGCCCCAGAAUACCCUGAGCUCAACUCCGGCUCUGCUCAGGAACGUCCGCUGGAAACCUCUGGGCCUGCAGCCUGUCCCGACCAGCCCAACCAGCACCUCCCCUACACCCGGUGGGACUUUGGGGAUGUCCAAGAUGGACGCCCCGAGCAUGCAGGACGUUUACAUCCUCUCUCCCGUCUCUGGACUCUACAGCACCAGGGAGGAGAUGGGUCUGAUGUCAUGUGACGACAUCAGCCGCUACAGCGUGAGCUCCCAGUCCGGCUCCAAAGGCUCCGAGGCCGUCAGCUACUACCUGGACCAAGACAGCGGUCAGUUCUUCUCCCUGCUGGAGGGAGACGGACCACCGGGGCCUGACUAUGACAGGGGCCGGAAUACAGGGGUUCGCCGGCGUGACAAGACCCCCACCCAUGGUGAUCUCAGGCCUGUUUCCAUGCCCCCUGAAUAUAACUGGAUGACCGAGCCCAAGGAACCCAGCAUGGGCAAGAGAGGGAGCCGAGAUUCAGACAAUUCCCUGCUGCGUUACCUUAGUGACGACAAGAUCCUGGUGAUAGAGGAGGAGCCCGAGGGUCCUGGCAGGGAGAGCCGGAGGGAUUCCACCAGACGCUCUCGUCGCAAGAGUCGCAAUCCAAGCAGCCCGAGCUUUCCCAUCAGCCCCUCCAUGCUGUCUUCAACCCUGCGCCUAGACCAGCCCCCUGAUGCUUUGCCUCGAGGUGCAGACACGCUGCGAGCUGACACAACAGACAGGUACUCUGGCUCAGGAAGCUCAGGAGGGGCCUCCAUGAGGAAGUCUUUCCAUUACACAUCUCUAAGAACGAAAACCAAAAAGCGAAGUAAAGGUUCCCUCACUAGUGCCAGUCGGAGGAGAAUCUCCUGUAAGGACCUGGGACACGGUGACUGUGAGGGCUGGCUGUGGAAGAAGAAGGAUGCUAAAGGCUACUUCACACAGAAAUGGAGGAAGUACUGGUUCAUCCUCAAAGAGUCCUGCCUCUACUGGUACACCAACCAAAAUGAUGAGAAAGCUGAGGGCUUCAUCAGCCUCCCAGAGUUCAGAAUAGACCGAGCCAUAGAGUGCAGACGGAAAUUUGCCUUCAAAGCCUGUCAUCCCAAAAUCAAGAGCUUCUUCUUCGCCACAGAUUGUCUGGAGGAAAUGAACAGGUGGAUGAAUCGGCUUGGUCUUGCUGCCAUUGGCUACACACCAGAUGACAAAGUGCCACGCCCAGAUGAAGAUUACUGGAGUGAGAGCGAUCAAGACGAAGUCGAUGGUUCGAUGACACUCAAACAGGAGGGACCCUCCUCCCUCUGUGAUACUUAUCACCGCACACCAUCGACUAACUUCCUUCACAGUUAUGACCAGUUGCCCCGCUCAGUCAGCUCCAUGAGCCUCAUGCGCUCCACUCCAUCCCCACGUCCUCCAUCAUUGAGUGCCUCCACUUCCCCCAUCCCUCCACAGAUGGUCUCUUCCACCUCCCCUCUCCCUUUCCAGGUCAACUCCUCCAGCCCCUUCCCGGAGCCCAAGCAUGGCCGACAUUUCUCCAGUGAGUCCACGCACUCUCACUCCUCGGCUGAGGACCAGCGUGGAGACAGCAUGGGCAUGGGUACGGGCACGGGCAGCACCAGCACCCACUCAUCGGGCUGCCGCUCCACCCAUCGUGAGCGGCGCUCCUGGCAGGACCUCAUAGAGACCCCUUUGACCAGCGCAGGGCUACACUUCCUGCAGACAGCACCGGGGGAGAGUGAAUACGGAGGCCUAAUGGGGAGCAUGGCAGGAGACAUGGGGCUGUACGGAGGCUUGGGCAGACAGGGCAUGUCCCCGGAGAGACGCAGGCAGGCCACGCUGCCCGUACGGAGACACCACGCCGCAGAGAGGGACCGGGAACGAGACGGGCCCUUCCCUCUGGAGCGAGGUCCACACACACACAGUCACACACACCGACGCUCCCACAAGCAGCGCAGCCAGAGUCUGCCCAGGAACAGGGACCCGAUGCCAGGAAAGCUGCUACACACCUCAGCUCAUAUGGAGGAGAGGAGUGAGGACGAGGAGGCCGAGAGAGAACAGGCUGUUGAGAUGCUUCAGGGCGAGGAGGUAAAUUUGACUCUUACUGGUCCUCCCCUUGGAGUUUCAGACCUACGGGAGUUGAGAGUGGAGGGCAGAGAAAGGAGGGUGUCAGAGGGAAGGGAGCGGCGGGUGUCAGAGGGCCGCGAGCCGGAGCCCUUGGAUGGGCUAGAGCAGCUUUACCGGGCCCUGGAGCAGGCCAACGUGACAGCCCUGGGAGACCCAAAACCCUGUAGCAGGCAGGACCUCCGGAGAGUUUUCACCCAGAGAGCCAGAGACCCUCUUCUCAACGACAGACUGCAUCGGGUCCGGGCCCUCCGCAGCACCUUGAAGGCCAAAGAAUCAGAGCUGGCAGUGAUCUGUGCCCUUCUGGAGGAUCCUGGCCUGUGCUCCCAGACCUUCAGAGAGUGGAAGCAGUGGCACGGCGAGCUCUACUCAGACAUCUGCCAGCACAGCCCCGGCACCAACGGGCAGGACGACCUCUCCCCGCUGGCUGCACCUCUCAUGACUCACACACACUCCUUCAUUGAGACACAUGUGUGAGGACGAGAGCAGAAGCAAAAACUGAACUGAUACACACAAUCACUCACACACACACACACACACACACACACACACACACACACACACACACACACACACACACACACACACACACACACAAACAUGGAGCUUUACAUUUGCAGAAUCCUCCUGCAGCAUCACGACUCUGAGCACGACCUCACACACACACACACACACACACACACACACACACACACUAACACACGUUGUAAGAUGUGUAAAUAUCAUAGAGGGAACAGUCUGAGACCUGCGUGUAUGAACUUUUGAUAAUCCUGAGGACCCCACAGGGUGCCUAUUGCAUGCCUGAACAGAAAGCAUUAAUCUUCCUUUGUCUAUGGAACUCAGCAUAAACUCAACAUGCUUGUCAAGCAAAAUGGAAAAAGGAGACUUUUUAACAUGUUUGUUCAUUUCUUACUCCUUUGUUUUGCCCUGUUGAUUUCAGGGGGCAGGGGGAGCUAUGUAGCAGCAAUACAGAGGAGAAUCCUUUUCACCACAGCACUGUACUACUUUUGUACUGAUGAACUUUGCACCCAGAGCCAACAGUUCUCCCCCUUUCUCUCUCUGUAUCUUUUUUUUUCUUCUCUCUCUCUUACUGCAUAUCUCAUGUAUUUAAUGGGACCUCACAUGUUUUUUCCAGGCUGAUCUGACGGGACAGUGUGGGGGAACGUUAGGGCGGUGACUUUAAAGUGUAAGACUGUGAAAGGUAGCCAGCGAUACUGGUUUAUCUGUUUUUUGCUGUUCCCCCGGGGAACCAAUGAAAUCAAGUGUUAUUGAAGGAACCACUGUGCUGGCUAGAUGCACACCAUUACAAACUGUGAACUGUUAAAAAAAAAACCAAUUGUAUCUGCAAAGGGAGGCUCCUCUGAUAGCAUGAUUCAUUUGCAUUAUCUCUGCCUCUCUUCCUUUCUUUUCCCCUCUCACUGUUCAUCUCCACCUUCUAUUCUCUUCAUCUCCUCCUUUGUUUACUUUCUCUCUCUCUCUAAUCCUCAAAGACUUGUGUAUAUGUGUAUACUGCUGUGUGUACUGAUGUAAAUGUUUGCGUUCCACUACCACUGUGAUAUGCUUCUAGAGGUAGCGGAGGGAAGACAGAGAGUAUGUAUUUGCGUGGGUGCAAACCUUUUUUUUUGUGUGCGUUUAUCUUUGCUUUGUUUUUAUCUUUUAACAGUGAAUGCAAGAGCUAGAGAGUUCUUUUUCAAUGAAUCACUCACUACAAAGAAUGCACUUUCUAUAUCUCUAUAUCCCAUUGGCUGCAUCACAGGGUCUAUGUCUCAUCGGCCUCUUUACCAUUGCUGUUCAAAAUAUCAGGUAAAAGCAUUUGCCGUCUCAUUUUCUAAAGAUUUGUGUACAGUCUACAAAUAUAUUUAAACAUAGAAGAAUAUAUAAAUCUAUUUACGUUUUGUGUCAUAGAUAUAAUGUAAAGUAUGAUGUAUUCUAUGCCAAGGUUUUGCAGUGUCCCCCUCUUCACUCUGUAGACGCAGGGUGUUUAGCAGUUGAACAACUAGGAGACAAACAAACGACAACCACCAUCUUCGACAGUUGAUUGACAGUUUGACUAUUUCUAGUGGCUAUAUCACAGCUGAUCCUUCUCCUGGUGAUGUGUUGCAUGAGAAAAGGCCUGGGACUGAUUUGAUUGGACAGGGUAAAAUAUUGUGGAUCAUUUGUGUUCUUUUCUUUUCUUCCUCUCAUGAUUGCAAGAUUAGACUUGUAGCGCAUGAUACAUGCAAAACUACUGUUGAGAAAUAUUUUGAUUUAUAUAUGUCCAUCCUUUUUUUUAAUUUCUUAGAUAGUGUUUGAAGACACACACUGUACAAUAACUGAGGUGGUAUUUUUGCUCCUUAGUUACUUGAUCAAAUGCAGAUCCUCCUGCAUGCUACCAGGAGGUUUCAAUUUGAUGUUUUGGUUUACAGAGGCAGACUGACACGAGUCCAAAGGCUUCAGGAAUCUUACCUGAGAGAAAACAGUGCAGGUACUUUUGAAAUGAAAGCUGUUUUGAUAUUCCCUCCAAGCAUAUGGUUGACACUGGGCGGUCAAAGACCUCGACACUAAAUGGUCUGUAAUGUCUGUGAAACUCAGAUGAAUCAUUUCAUCUGCAAUAUCAGGCCAAGGACUCAACGCUGCCCCCCAGUGUCCAAGACAUUAACAGACAUGCGUAGCACCUGCUGCAUUCAGCACUAUCUGUACUUAUUCUUCAUCGUUCUUUUCUGUAGUUCUCUCAGUGUAGGUUCAGGUUUUUUCAUCAUGUCACACAUUGUUGUGAAAUAUCAAACACAGCCCACAGAUAUAGCUCAUGCUUUUUGAAUGCUUAAUUCAAGAGUACCACAAAGAAACUAAAUGAUGCAAGCACUUUCCCUGUGCCUCCCAACCCUCUCUUUGGCAACGAUGGACUGACUAUACGGGCGAUCCUACACACACACAGCUGUAGAAGAGUUCAAAUACAGUGCUAGUCUGCAGUCCUCUCUACGUUUCUCAUCUGUAACGUUGGAUUCUUUUUUUUUCAACCGCUGCUCUGCUGAGCAGGCAACAUACUGUAGAUUAAGGAGUGCGAGUUACAAUUUGUAGGCACAGACUGUGUUAUCCCUCCCAGAUCUUUGUGUGUGUAGACCUGCAGAAACAGGCCGAAAGGGGAGAUUCCACUGUGUGUUCUUUCAGGGGUGUACACCUCAUGGUACAUUGCACAGGUGUGUAAGAUGUAAGUUGCACUGCGACAUUAAAAAAGGAACAUAUUGCUCUUUUUCAAGGAUAAUAUUAGCUUACUGUUAUUCUGUACAUUAAACUGACUAAAGAUGAUAUUAAAAAAGACAGAAAAUGACAUUUAUUCUUCCUAAAGUAGCCUUUUUUGGUUUCAUAUAUAUGAAUAUAUAUUACAAAAAAUACAGAUUGUAAACUUAAGUUGUUAAACUUUGACUUCAAUAAACUGAAUCCUCUGCACUACGA